AUGAGCGCCGCUCCUAGCUUGGAAGAUACUCCGCCAGUAUCUAAGUCCCCGUCUCUGGUUGCCACAACUUCACCUGCGCGGACGCCAGCUGCUGGGCCACCUUCGGCCUCGUCGCCGGAUCCAGCCACGGCACAGGCAGCAACUUCGACCCUGCCUCCUGUGACUGCUACGUUCUCCCCACUACCGUCCGUUGUCGCAACAUCGGCGCAGUCGCUAGCAGCCCUCGCCACGCAUCACCAGCAGCAGCAUCAUGAGAAGCAACAUCACCAGCAGCCGCCACACCAACGCCAUGCUGAACCGCCCACGAUUCUCCCGCGUCCCGGCGAGCUAUCACCCGCUAGACAUGUGACGCCCGCUCCGACCACAGUCCACGCAGGGCCCGCCAGCGUCCACACGCCACCAGCACCUUACUACGUACAGGCUACGUCGCCGCCGCCCCCGAGGCAGACCACGAGCUCCUCCGCAUCUACUCAGGCCACCAGCGCCACAAUUGGUUCCGCAGAGACCAACAACACAUCGUACAGUGCCGACACCUCUCCUACCUUGCACCAAUCUAUCUUCUCCCUCAAGGAUGGCUCCGACGUCUCUAACAACCGGCGAACCAGCAGGAGACGUACCGGACCACUUUCCCAACAGAGCCGCGAAAAGGCCGCCCUAAUCCGAAAGCUCGGCGCUUGCAAAGACUGUCGACGACGACGCGUUGCCUGUCAACCGGCCCACUACAAUCUGACGUGGGAGGAUCUCUACCGAAGAUUCAACCGGUCCAGUAGCCCUAACGUCCAGGAUAUCGCGCCAUCGACGUCUGGCGAGAGGCCACAGAGCCCAUUGCAGGCCCAUGAGGGUGCGGUCCCGGCCAUGUUAGCACACGAACCCCAGGAGAUGGACAUUGAUACGCCCCAUCACGCCAGCACCAGCAUGGGUCGUUCUCCUCUCAGCGAUGCCCGCAACAGGACGCCCCUCCCCUCAGGGCCGCGCCUGGAAAAGUCACUGUCACUUCCACGGAUCGAGAACCUCAAGAACGAGCUCCAGUCGCACGCGGCCCGGAUGCUCUCCACAGCGAGCCGGAGCCGGUAUACUUCAGUCCACGCGCUGCUGUUGCAUUGGCAGGAUGAUGACAACGCAGCCGCUGUCGGAGGCGCUCCGAUCCCCUCGUCAAGCGAUGGCUCGAGAAGCGCGUGGAGAUGGCUCUCACGAGCAUUGAAUGAGUUCUGUGAGCAAACCGACCAGCGGGAUGUGCUGAAGAUUGUCUACUACGCAGGCCAUACCUAUCUCGAGGGAGAGACGGUCUUGUCAAGCUCGAAGGACCUUGCGACCGCCACAACAGUGCGAUGGAAUGGAUUGCAGCAAAUUCUCGAAGUUGCGUCAGCGGAUACUUUGGUGGUGAUGGACGCUGCGUACUUCCCCUCGUCCAAAUUAGAUCGCAGAACGGGCGUGCUGGAGCUCAUUGCGGCUGCAAUGUCAGAGGACCACCACGAGGCCCUGGACACGACCGCGUUCACCGUCGCUCUGACAGAGUUGCUCCGAGCGAGGGCGGGCAAGGAGAGCCCGCUAACAGCAGCAGAGGCGCACUCGAUCCUCUUCUCCAGCUACAGUCGGAUGGUGCGGGAUCGCGUGCCAGAGCACGAGGUUGUGACUCGGUUUCCCGCCCCGCUGCACAUCAUGGCUUCCGGAAAUCCACGCCUGCCCUCGAUCUACCUGAUACCUACAGAACAGAGCACCGUGUCACGAAGCACUGUACACGACGAUUGUCCGCUGCUGCACAUGUCGGUUCGCCUCGCCGACGAUAAUGUGGACUUGGAUGCCUGGAACGAGUGGCUACGACUGAUGCCAGACAGCGUUCGGGACGUCAAGGUGGAAGGACCCUACAGAUCUCACAGAUGA